UACCUGCUCUGUGCAGGGGUUUUGCACAGAGAAGCCCCAGACCUUCUGAGUUCUCCCAAUGGCGCUCUCUGCUCCUCUUCUUCUCCGUAUGCCACCAUAGAAAGUCAUUUUGCUAUGGUGGCACAUACAGUUGUGGCCAAAAUUAUUCAACCCCCACUGAAAUUGAAACUGGCUGAGAUUCGAUCCACCUAUGGCCGCCUUUAUAGUUAAUGAAUAUUGUGGUGUUGUCUCCCCAACCACAGCUGGCUGAUUGGCUAGUGAAGCAAGGGAGAAUGUCACCAGCACACCGAGGAUCACCAAUAUGGGUCCAAACGUUUUUUUAAUGAA